UUGUUCUCCGCUUAAUUUUGAUGGGUCUUGUCUUUCUUCACUUACUGACCACAUCCAUUCCAGUGACAUUCAUCAAUUUGUCUUUCCUACAAUUCAGAUGUUGAAGAUUAUUGGACUUUGCAUGGCGUUUUGGUUUCUUCUUCAACUUCUCCUUUUCCCAUUCAUCUGCUUUAGCACUGAGGCUAAACCAUCCUUGCUUCUUUCUGACGGGGUGACUUUUGAUGGCAAUACGAUGACCCCUAAGGCAACAACUAGGCAUCUGAAGGAAAAUAGAUAUGGUUCCACUUCCAAAUCCAAGUUUGAUGAGGGAGAUGUGAUAUUGGAAGACUAUCGGCCUUUUGAUCCCACCCCAAGUUCCAAGGCUUCCGUAAGAUCUGGACCAAUCGAGCAUGGGACUCCUCUCAUGCCUUACAUUCCCAAUCCAAAUCCUUCACCUCCUCUUUCCUCUGCCUCUAAUCCUGAUGGAUCCCCUUAAUCUCUAUUCUAUUAAGUUCGCUAUAUUUUUACUGAAGGAAUAUUCUGGAGGAAAGGCUAAAAUGUGAAUCCUGAUGUAUUAUGUAUAUAACCCAUCUUGAACACCAAGAUUUGUAAUUUCUCAUUUGGAUAUUUGUAUGUCUAUUUUCUCAUUUUGGAAGUUUUAAUGUCUCAUUUUCUCAUUACCAGCUUAAUUUUGAUUAUACUC